AUGAAGAAGAUGGCGCCCAUCAUUGCUGCAAUAGUUGCCGGGAGUUUUGGACAUUCCUUGCCGGUUGCGGAGCUAUCCGACCAGCUGGCCCAGGGAAAGAAGAUCAUAUACGCACCAUGGCUCUCUCAGAUCGGUGGAGCAUUGACCUUGGGCGCGCUAGCAUUCUGCCAGCACGUGUGGAAGGCGCUCUUUGCAGCUUUGGAGGACCUCGGCGAUGAUUUCCUCUGUGUGCUGUCGGUGGGCAAGCAGCCAGAUGCGCUGGACUUUCUUUGGAGCAAUGAGCUGGAGAUCUUCGAACGCGUGCCGUCCAACGUGCUGAUCCGUGGAUUCGUUCCGCAGGUGGAGAUGCUGAACAACUAUACGUCCGUGUUCAUCUCGCAUGUUGGCUUCAACAGCCUUCAGGAAAGCCUGAUGGCGGGCGUCCCGCUGGUGGCGAUCCCUCAAGCCGUUGACCAACCUGCGAAUGCCAGGAAGGUGCAAGAGCGUGGGUGGGGACGAGCCUUCUUCAAGCCCAUGGAGACUGUGAACAGCGGGACCCUAGCAGAGGCUCUUCGCCAAGUUAGCGACGCUGACGGCGCAUACCGACAGGCAGUGCAGAGCGCACGAGCUGAGCUGGCUGGUGGCGCUCCGCGGUUGGCAGAGCAGCUCGUGGCAAUGGCCAAGGCGGGUCACGGCCAUGCAGUGCUUGGUGGUUGCUGA